AUGGACGCUCAGUCGCAGCAGCCACAAGUCGGAGUUGUGAAGAAGAAGGAGACUCGGGGCCGAAAGCCCAAGCCCAAGGAAGAAAAGAAGGACGACCAGCAACAGCAGGCCAAGAUGAAGAAGGCCCACCAACAAGCCACCGUCGACGACAAGUACACUCAGUGGAAGUCACUCGUCCCUGUCCUCUACGACUGGCUGGCUAACCACAACCUCGUCUGGCCCUCCCUCUCUUGCCGGUGGGGUCCUCAGCUCGAGCAAGCUACUUACAAGAAUCGCCAGCGUCUCUACCUUUCUGAGCAGACUGAUGGAAGUGUUCCAAAUACGCUGGUUAUUGCAAACUGCGAGGUUGUCAAACCUAGAGUUGCCGCUGCAGAGCAUAUAUCUCAGUUCAAUGAAGAAGCCCGCUCACCAUUUGUUAAGAAGUACAAGACUAUCAUACAUCCGGGAGAGAUAAACAGAAUCAGAGAACUUCCACAGAACACUAAGAUAGUGGCCACACAUACAGACAGCCCUGAUGUUCUAAUCUGGGAUGUGGAAGCUCAACCUAACCGUCAUGCUGUCCUUGGAGCCACAAGCUCACGCCCGGAUUUGAUUUUGACUGGACAUCAAGAUAAUGCAGAAUUUGCUCUUGCAAUGUGUCCAACUGAACCAUAUGUGCUGUCUGGAGGGAAGGACAAAACAGUGGUUUUGUGGAGUAUUCAGGACCAUAUAUCAGCAGCUACCACAGAUCCAGCAGCAACCAAAUCUCCAGGAUCUGGUGGGUCAAUUAUUAAACAAAACUCAAAGCCUGGGGAUGGUAAUGAUAAAGCUGCUGAUGGCCCUUCUGUUGCACCACGAGGAAUCUACUAUGGGCAUGAGGAUACAGUUGAAGAUGUGGCAUUUUGCCCAUCUAGUUCACAGGAGUUCUGUAGUGUUGGUGACGAUUCCUGCCUCAUAUUAUGGGAUGCACGUGUGGGCUCUAGCCCUGCCAUAAAGGUUGAAAAAGCACAUAAUGCUGAUCUUCACUGUGUUGAUUGGAAUCCCCAUGAUGAUAACCUUAUUCUAACAGGGUCAGCAGAUAAUUCCGUUCGCUUGUUUGAUCGCCGAAAUCUCACUUCUGGUGGAGUUGGGGCACCUAUUUAUAAAUUUGAGGGUCACAAAGCAGCUGUUCUUUGUGUCCAGUGGUGUCCAGACAAAUCGUCUGUCUUUGGAAGCUCUGCAGAAGAUGGUCUUUUAAACAUUUGGGAUUAUGAGAAGGUAAGUAAGGAGCGAACUACCAAAGGCCCAAGUUCUCCACCUGGUCUGUUUUUCCAGCAUGCUGGGCACAGGGACAAAGUUGUUGAUUUCCAUUGGAAUGCAUCCGAUCCAUGGACCAUCGUUAGUGUGUCUGAUGACUGUGAUACUACUGGUGGAGGGGGGACAUUGCAGAUAUGGCGAAUGAGUGACCUGAUCUACAGACCUGAAGAGGAGGUUCUGGCAGAGCUUGAGAAGUUCAAGUCCCAUGUUGUUUCCUGUGCUUCAAAGCCUUGA